GAAUUCUUCUAACACCUCUGCUGACAGCCAGAAAGAGGGGGCGUGUGGCACUGAUACACUCCUCCACGGCAGCUGGCAUUGGGGUAGUGCUGGUGAGUAAGCAGCGGCGAGCUCGAUGGGUUUGCAUGUGUGUAAGACUGAACCAGGAGCUUUCUGAAGAAGCUUUAAGAUGAAAUUGCUGAGAAUUUUUGCCUGAAGCAAGGGAUGUUUCCUGUGUUUAAGACAAGCAGCAACCUGCAGUCAGAAGGAAGAAACGACGGAAUUCACUCCAGAAGUAUUUCUCUGGGAUCUUUUUUUUCAAGGGACCAAAAAAGGAGACAACAGUGAGGAGAAGGCAAGAUGGUCCCAAGAGGCUCUGCUGUCGGCAUCUGUCGUUUUCCUUGGAACAGGAAUCUGAGGCUUCUCCGUGCUGAGUGCUUGUGUGUCCCAUCCACUACCACACCCUGAAAUCAAACUCGGCAGCUUAGGUGAACCAGGCACUGUACAAACAUGUCAGACUUGCCUCCACCCCUUUUUCUUCUCCCGCUUUCUCCUGCCGUCUUUCUCGCUCAAGUUUAUCGGCGUGUCAGCGGAUCACUGUGGCAGAGCAUUCCCACCUCACCUCUGGUUACGGAGCAAUGAGGAGUCAGGGGACACUAAUGCUUUAAUGUAUUUGGGGACAGAGUACUGAAAAAACAGAAGAGAAGUUUGUGGCUGGCAUCAUGUUCCGCAAGAAGAAGAAGAAACGCCCAGAGAUCUCGUCUCCACAGAACUUUGAGCACCGUGUCCACACUUCCUUUGAUCCAAAGGAGGGCAAAUUUGUGGGCCUGCCACCUCAAUGGCAGAAUAUUCUAGACACACUGAGGCGCCCCAAGCCAGUGGUAGACCCUUCAAGGAUCACAAGGAUGCAACUCCAGCCUAUGAAGACGGUGGUGAGGGGCAGCACUGUGGAAGUGGAAGGCUAUAUCUCCGGGAUACUCAACGACAUCCAGAAGCUUUCUGCCAUCAGUUCGAACACUCUGAGGGGAAGGAGCCCCACCAGCCGGAGGAGAGCGCAGUCCCUUGGGCUCCUGGGGAGGACAGACCCAGACAUGUAUCUGCAGAGCCCUGAAGCAGACUGGGCAGACAAAUACGGAAACUACCUCAAUUGCAAUGGUGGGAGCAAGGUGACCCGGAGGCAGACUAUGUGGCCAGAUUACAAACCCCGAUUGGAAGGCCAGGCUCAUCCCAAUGGUAUGGUAAUGAAAGCACAGUCCCUCGGGCCUUCAGAGUUCCAGGGCGCUGACGGCAGCUGCCUCCAGCGUGCCUCUGCUUUGCAGCACAUGCCAACUCUACCGGGUGAGAGCGAGAAGACUGGAAAAAAGAGCUUGGAAGAGUGCUGGCCUCAGCCUUGUCUCGUACGCCAAGCAAACUCCAGGCCCUCUGGGGAGGGCAGCCCUAGCUCCAAGUCAAGGGAGAACAGCUUGAAGAGGAGGCUGUUACGCAGUGUGUUCCCCUCAUCCGGCGGCUCAAACAAGUCAGGCCCUUCCCUGCAGAUAAAGCCCAGUGCUUUCUUCAGGCCCCAGCAAUGGGGUUCACCACGCAGCCCUGCAGCCAAAGCCCAGUCUCUUCCACCAGAUCAGCCUGCAUCCGAUUUCCCCAGGAUGAUCUCAGAAGCUGGGACACCCCAGAAAUCACCAACAGUGGAGAAGGCAAUUGCAGUGCCUCAAGGCAGGCCGUCACCAGCAGGGUCUCCCAGGAACCGGCAAACUCAGACCAGUUCUAGCAACCUUCACCUUCCCCAGGACUCUUCUGUGAAAGGGCAGCUGGCCAGCGAGGACCCGGUGGUUGUGACUCAUGAGCAGUUCAAAGCUGCCCUUAGGAUGGUUGUGGACCAGGGGGAUCCGCGGACAUUGCUGGAGAAUUAUGUAAAGAUUGGUGAAGGAUCCACAGGUAUUGUCUGUAUUGCUCGAGAGAAGCACUCGGGGCGGCAAGUGGCAGUGAAAAUGAUGGAUCUGAGAAAGCAGCAGCGCCGGGAGCUCCUUUUCAAUGAGGUGGUGAUAAUGAGGGACUAUCAACAUGUCAACGUAGUGGAGAUGUACAAGAGCUAUCUAGUGGGAGAGGAGCUCUGGGUGCUGAUGGAGUUCCUGCAGGGCGGAGCCCUCACAGACAUUGUCUCUCAGAUCAGGCUAAACGAAGAGCAAAUUGCAACAGUGUGUGAAUCAGUGCUGCAGGCUCUGUCAUAUCUUCACUCUCAGGGGGUCAUUCACCGAGACAUUAAGAGCGACUCCAUUCUUUUGACACUGGAUGGAAGGGUCAAACUCUCAGAUUUUGGCUUCUGUGCUCAGAUCAGUAAAGAUGUACCUAAAAGGAAGUCCCUAGUAGGUACUCCUUACUGGAUGGCUCCAGAAGUUAUUGCAAGGAUACCAUACACUACCGAGGUGGAUAUCUGGUCUCUGGGCAUCAUGGUGAUAGAAAUGGUGGAUGGAGAACCCCCCUAUUUUAGUGAUUCUCCAGUCCAGGCAAUGAAGAGACUCCGUGACAGUCCUCCUCCCAAGCUGAAAAACUUCCACAGGACCUCCCCCGUUCUGAGAGACUUCUUGGAAAGGAUGUUGACACGGGAUCCGCUAGAAAGAGCAACAGCACAAGAACUUCUGGAUCACCCCUUUUUGCUCCAGACAGGACUUCCAGAGUGCCUAGUCCCCCUUAUCCAACAAUACAGAAAGCGUACCUCUACCUGCUGACUUGACAUAAGGGGAAAUGCUAGGAAAAAGUAAUGUUUAUUAAAAAAAAAAAUCAAGAGACCAGGCAGUCUUAUCCUGUGAAUGGUGCUUGGGGCUUUUCAGCAAUCAUUUUAAAGGAUGAAUGUGAAUACUGUCCUUGCAUUCUCAGCCUUUUGUGGCUUCUCUUUUGCUGAAGACAAUCAAUACAUACUAGAUCCAAAUAAGACCAAGUAUGUCUCAAGAAUAAAGCAGGUAUUUCGUGGUUUGUGGAUCGCUUCUUCCAAAGAAUGGCAUUUUAAAGCAGAGUCUGAAGUUGCAUAUCUGAAUGCCUGCAAGUUCCUGCAAACCUUGGCUGCUGACUACUGAACUGGAACAAUAUUUCCCAAUUAGAAAUGUGAUCUUUGUUUCCUUAGUUCUACACUGGAGUCUUGAGCUGACUCAAAUGUACAUUUUUGGGGCACAGACCCCUUUAAACUCUCAAACAAUGCACAAAGACUUGACAAUUUUUUCCUCUGAGACUUUUUCACAGAUGAUUUUCAUUUCCUUCGGUUAAAUGUGGACCUAGAAAACUGUACGUAUUUUCCUAGGGAGCAGAUGUGAUAUGUAUAUAUUUGUUUCUUAAUGGCACUCUUGCAUCAACAUGCUUCUCUUGCUGAGGAAUAUGUAUGGUUUAGUGGUCAAUCUUGAAUCCAUUUCAUGAUCUUAAACUUUUGGAGGGGGGAACCCUUGGAUACAGGCCUCCGAACGGACUCUGUGAAGACAAGUGUUCUUGCCACCAGGAUCUUGUGGUUGAAAAUUGACAGUAUGCAACACCUCCCAUGCUGGUUGGAACAGAGAGUCUGUGAAAGCUUGUUUCUAUGUUUGGUUUCCAGGCAUCUUUCCUUCCAAGUCCUUUCUCCCAAGAGAGCCUGAGAAAUGCUGCCCUGAGACACUUGUUGGGCAGCACUUGGGGGAUGCUCUGGGAGACUGAAUGAAAAAAAGUCUCAGCUGUCCUGCAUAUCCCAGGAGAGAUUUUUGUGUUUGUGUGAGACGGUUUGUUGAGCCUCUAUCUCCCCUGCUUGCUGCUGCAGAAACACGGGGAGAAGAGAAACUUUUGAUGUAUGUUUUGUUAUUGGUAUGCCCUUCCCCACCAUCCCUUUGCUGGUACAUCUGGAAGGUUACUGGUUGUGUAAACAGCUCUUUCAGUUAUUUUAAAAUAGAUUUAGAUAUUUUGUAUGAUACACUUUCUGAGCAGUGAGAUAGUCAAGGUAAUUGGACUCUAGGUCAGGAUGUAACAUUGUACAGUAAUGGUGUGUAUUGUUGUGAGGUCUCAAGACUAUAAUCUUAUAUGUGGAACUGGGAUCCUAUUAUGAAACUCCAAACACAAAUUUAUUGGAAUUUAAGUUAUUCUCGGGACAGUCCUACUGUCUCAGAAAACUAACCUCAUAAUUGCAUUUUCUUCAGAAGAUGUUAAUAAUCUCUAUCCUCUAUUUACUCCAGUUACAGAUCCUGCUUCAGAAUUGAAGCCACAGUUGAUUACUUGAAGUAAUUUGGGAUGGAAUUCAUCUGCACUAAUGCCAGCCAUCUAGAUGGUGGGCACCCAGUCUGCGAAGCAUAUAGGUUGGCUCUGUAGACCGAGGUGAGAGGAACACCUCCAGAGGGUGAUUCAUCUCCUUAGCUCAGAUACCUGCUGAAGGGUGAAAUCGCUGUCUCUCGAUACCACUCUGCCUGUGGCCAGUAGUGCGAUCGUAGGUGGUUUGCCUAGACUGGAUGUCUAAGUUUGGGGCUGAUGAAGUUGGUUGAAAUUAAUUCAUUUAGCUCCUCCUUAGCUGCACUGGAAAUUUUUUGAUGUAAAAUGUUUCUGUAUUCCAGAUAUACUGCUUUUUUUAUGCAAAAGAGCAGGGCUUUGAAAAGAUUUAUAAUUUGAAACAAAUGAUCCUGCUCAUCUGUAGUUGUGAAUCCUUUGCACUUGUGUUUUAAAUUAAAGUAGAUCUUGAUUUAUUCAUAAGCCUGUUGCGGUGCUGAGAUGCUUUAAAAUAUGUUUAUAGUUCAGAGAUGUAAGGGAAGUGUGAACCUUUAAGUCUGGUCUAACUUACCUAUUCUGUGGCUAUGUGGCUUUUAAAACAAGAAGAGACCAUAGCAGGAGCCUGAAUCCUGAAACAAACAUUUCUGGGAGACAGGGAUGACAGGUUUAAUAUUUAACGCCGUUUUAUACUUUGGCCCAAGUCUGACUAAACACAGUGAGGGAAGGCCCUUGAAAGAUUGCAUGCAAGUAUCUUAUAAAAUUUUAAAAACUCAUUACCAUAUUUGUGAAGAAUGCAGAAAGGAUCCAUCUUCCUGUCCAAUAUAGAAUUAAGUGUCUGAUUCUUGUGUUUCUCUCUUUACAGUUCGUGCAUGGCAUAUCACAUCAGCAAUUAAUUGCUCCAUUACUUAGAUGAGUGUGGAAUCAAAUAUAAAUCCUAAAAUAAACCUAGAUUAGUUAAAAGAUUGAAGCUCUGUCUCCAGGGCCAAGAGCUCCUUCCCCAGGAACCAGGCAGCCGGUCAGGAGAAUUAUGAUAAGCAGAGCAGGUUUGUAAUUUGCAUUGCAGUAGUAUUCAGGAGUGGGAUUUCUUGUAUGCUAAGUGAUAUCUAAGUGUGUAACAAAAUGUAGCCUCUUCUCUGAAGAGCUCAUAGCCUACUCAGUGGAUAAUUAUACUUUGAGAUGUUGUUUUCUCUGAAUAUCUUUUUGUAUAUGCUUUCAACAAGGUUACACUUACGU